GGGUCUUUCCGGGUCCUGGCCCGCCAGGCCAGCGCUUCAGCUGAGCUGUGCGGCGGGGUGUGUGCGGUGAGGACGUGCUAACCAGGAACUACGAUGAAGAGAAGGGGCCGGCCAAGUAGGGGACCACUUGGGAGAAGAAACCAUCAGCAGAACCCUUGGUUGGAACCACAAGAUUCUAGCGAGAGGUCUACUCCAGGGGCAUCACAGAGUUCAGGCCACGGUGAUGAAGAGUCCCCAUCAACCUCGUCCGGUUCCACUAGGGAUUCUUCUGUGCCAGAUCUCCCAGGGUUUUACUAUGAUCCUGAGAAGAAGCGCUACUUCCGCUUACUCCCCGGCCAUAACAAUUGCAACCCCCUCACAAAGGAGAGCAUCCACCACAAGGAAAUGGAGAGCAGGAGGCUGAAGCUGCUGGAGGAGGAGGACAAGCAGAGAAAGAAAAUAGCCAGAAUGGGAUUCAAUGCAUCUUCCUUUCUACGAAAAAGCCAGCUGGGUUUCCUCAACACCACCAGUUAUUGUCGGUUAGCACAUGAGCUGCGUGUGAGCUGCAUGGAAAGGAAGAAGGUUCAGAUUCAGAGCUCCGAUCCCUCUGCCUUGGCGAGUGAUCGCUUUAACCUCAUCCUGGCGGAUACCAACAGCGAGCGGCUUUUCACCGUGAACGAUGUCAAAAUUGGAGGCUCCAAGUAUGGCAUCAUCAACCUGUGCGGCCUGAAGACCCCCACGCUCGAGGUGCACAUGCACGAGAACCUCUACUUCACCAACCGGAAGGUAAACUCCAUGUGCUGGGCUUCACUCAAUCACUCGGAUUCCCACAUUCUGCUGUGCCUCAUGGGACUUGCAGAGACGCCAGGCUGUGUCACCUUGCUCCCAGCAUCGCUGUUCGUCAGCAGUCACCCAGGUACAGAUCGGCCUGGGAUGCUCUGUAGUUUCCGGAUCCCUGGUGCGUGGUCCUGCGCGUGGUGUGUGAACGUCCAGGCUAAUAACUGCUUUAGUACCGGCUUGUCACGGCGGGUGCUGCUGACUGACGUGGUGACGGGACGCCGGCAGUCGUAUGGAACCAACAGUGAUGUCUUGGCCCAGCAGUUUGCUGUAGUGACCCCGUUGCUGUUUAAUGGCUGCCGUUCUGGGGAGAUCUUUGCCAUUGAUCUACGUUCUCCAACUCAAGGCAAGGGCUGGAAGGCCACCCGCCUGUUCCAUGAUUCAGCUGUGACCUCUGUCAAGCUCCUCCAUGAAGAGCAAUGCCUGAUGGCAUCAGACAUGGCUGGAAAGAUAAAGCUGUGGGACCUGAGGACCACUAAGUGUAUUAGGGAGUAUGAAGGUCAUGUGAAUGAGUACGCCUACCUGCCCCUGCAUGUGCACGAGCAGGAAGGACUCCUGGUGGCAGUGGGCCAGGACUGCUACACACGAAUCUGGAGCCUCCAUGAUGCCCAGCUGCUCAGAACCAUACCUUCCCCGUACCCCACCUCCAAGGCUGACAUUCCUAGUGUGGCCUUCUCUUCUCAGCUUGGGGGCUCUCGGGGAGCCCCAGGACUGCUCAUGGCUGUCCGGCAGGACCUUUACUGUUUCUCCUAUACCUAAUUCUGUAGGGGCCUAUGUGGAGAAUGAGUGUGAUGGAAAGGGAAAGAGUGGUUUAUUUCCUGAAGGAUGUGGGGUGUUUACAGAUGCCUGCUCUUUGGCCACUGGGAGCCAAGGGCUAAGUAUUACACAUGGAGAAACUUGAGCGAAGUUGUUGCCAUUAAAUUGUAGGCUCCGAGAGCUUGAAAGUUCUUUUCCUAAAAGGUAGUGAAUUCCUUUCCUAGUUCAAUUCCACAGGAUAGCUCCCCCUCCUUUAUUAACAAAGAUGUUUUCCAAGGACUAAAGACUAGAGAAGACAUUAAAGCGGCUGCUUCACUAGAGAAAUCUAGCAGUGAGACCUGAAGAU